AUGGAUUCUCCGGACUACAUAACAGUAUCUGAUUCAGCUUUGGAAAUUGAAAAUCAAAAUGAUAGCUCUUCCUCUGGUAGCAGCUUAUUUAAAACUCAAUGUGUUCCUUCCUCACCUAAACGGAGGCGAAGAAAUCCUAUUAGGAAAUGUGUUCAAUCACUUGAAAGUGUUCAAGCAAGAGAUUCAUCCAGUGACUCAUCUAUAGAACCAAGACCAUUGACUUUAAAAGCUAUUUUUGAAAGAUUCAAGAAAAAGAAACCAAAGAAACGUAAAAAGAGGAAAUACAAGCCAACAGGAAGACCAAAGGAAAGACCAAAAGGAAGGAAAAACAGUAGGUCACAAAUAAGUAAGAAACAGCUUAGAGUUAAAAGACCUCAGUUCCCAUUUGUAGAGUCAGAGAACGGAAGUAAACCGUUACCUUGGAGAAAAAUUUUAACAUUUGAGCAAGCAGUGGCAAGAGGAUUUUUCAACUACCUUGAGAAACUGAAGUAUGAAUACCACCUCAAGGAAUCCUUAAAUCAGAUGAAUGUUGGUGAAGAUUUAGAAAAAGAAGAUCUUGAUAGUCGUAGAUACAAAUACUUGGAUGAUGAUGGAUCGAUCUCUCCUAUUGAAGAAGAAGAGGAUGAGGUUGCUACAAAUCUUGAAUGUGAUGAUGAAUGUGAUAUCAAAUUGGUGGAGAAUAAUUAUUUCAUAAUAAGUUCUGAAUUUCCAAAGAAGAUGAAUGUAUAUUUAGAGCAAGAACAUACUGAAGAAGCUGCUUUGUCUAAAAAGAGUAUAAAGUCCAAAAAACAUUGGACAGAAGACAAAAUGACUUGA